AUGCAAAUUAUUGCUCCUCUCGUCGGUGCGUGCAGUGGGCCCAACGCCCGUACCAAACCUCCAGCUGGAGCCAUCAUCGUUGACGCGGCUGGAGCGCACAGCGGCAGCGUCCGCACCGUAGCGGACGGUGUCGCCAAGCUGCCCAACACAACGGCGGAGCACACGCUCUUCGUCUUCCCUGGCGUAUACGAAGAGCAAGUGAUCAUAUCGAAGCUAAUCGGAUGUGAUACCACAUCGUACACUACCAACGAGGUGACCAUCUCUCACGCUUUGGCCCAGAAGGACAAUCCUGCCUCGAUUUCGAAGGACCGCAACGACUUCACCACUACGUUGCACCUCCGGACGGACAACGUCAAGAUCGGCAACCUUAAUAUCGCCAACAUGGCAGGCAAGAUCAACGCCGUCUCGGUUGUCGGCACCAAUUCCGGCUUCUACGCUUGCUACUUCACGGGCUAUCGGGACGCGCUUUACGCGAACAAGGGCGCCAAUCUGUACGCCAAGUCGUACAUCAGCGGUGUGGAAGACUUCAUCUUCGGGCAGUACGCGAGUGCAUGGUUCGAGUCGUGUGACAUCGUGUCGAUCGAUGCGGGUCAUAUCACGGCUAAUGGCCGUGACUCCGACACCAACCCGUCCCAGUACGUCUUCAACAACGCGCACGUGUCCGGCACGGCUAAACCUGGAUCAGUCUACCUCGGUCGCCCGUGGCAGCCCUACGCCCGUGUCGUCUUUCAGAACAGUAAACUUGUCAAAGUUGUCAACCCUGCUGGCUGGGAGUUGUGGGAAGACAACGACAACAACACCGCCAACAUUUACUUCGAGAAGUACAACAACAGUGGGGCUGGCGCAGCUACGGAUGAUCGAGCGGAUUUUAGUAGAGUGUUGGCGAAGUCUGUGGCUAUCGCUGACGUUCUCGGUGAGAACUGCGAGAGUGCGGGGCGGGUUGAUACCGCGUUCCUGUAA